AACCCAGUAAAUAUAUAUAGCGAUCGAAGAAGAACGAGCAGACAGACAAGUAGAGAGGAGGAAGAAGAUGAAUCAGGCUCCGGAGAACGAGGUCUGUUCGAUAUGCCAUGGAAAUUUCAGUGCUCCUUGCCAAGCCAAUUGCUCCCACUGGUUCUGCGGAAAUUGCAUUAUGCUUGUGUGGAGACAUGGUUCUACAUUACGCCCAUGCAAAUGUCCCUUGUGCCGUCGUCCUAUUACUUUGCUCGUUCCUUCUGAGGAUACAUCGAGAGUGAGAGAUGACCCUACAGAUUUAGAGGUUCUUCGCGAUGUUCAAACUUACAACCGAGUCUUUGGUGGACAGUCAACUGGUUUGUUUCAGAGGGUUCAAGACCUUCCCUUCUUACUCCGAAGGCUAUUAAGAGAAAUUAUGGAUCCACAAAGAACGCUUCCAUUCGUUAUCAAAGCUCGUGUUUACAUUUCGUUGAUACUCAGUGUGAUUUACAUAAUCAGCCCAAUAGAUAUGAUUCCGGAAGCAUUCUUUGGGAUUAUUGGUUUGCUGGAUGAUGUAAUCAUAGCCCUGAUUUUUCUUCUCCAUGUUGCUGCUCUCUACCGAUCCGUUCUCUAUUCCCGUCAUGGUGGUUCUGCUUCCUGAAUCUCUCUCAAGUGGCAUGUGUUACUUUUUCUUGCUAUGUACUAUUACAAAACUACAUAAAACACAAGCAUUGCUUUCAUUUUGGCAGCAGAAAGUAUUGAAUUUCUUGAGUAAGAAAAGAAAAAUAUA